AUGGCCCCAACCCGUCCUCGCGAACAGUCCAUUGAGCGCACACAGGAAUAUGAAGACUUUCUAGAUACUCUGGCCGCAUAUCAUGAGAAGCGGGGGACUGUGUUCGAGCGUGAGCCCAGAGUCGCAGGCCGGCGCAUCGACUUGCUGCGACUUUACAAGCGCGUCACUGACGAGGGCGGGUACGACAAGGUUUCUGACACCAAGGGCAACAAGCUUGCCUGGCGUAGAAUCGCAGCCGAGUUCCUCCCCCAGGGCCCCAGUCUGACCACCCAGGCCUUCCUUAUAAAGACGACGUACUACAAGAAUCUGGCCGCCUACGAGAUUGCGACGGUCCACAAUCGCGAGCCUCCGCCCAAGGAAAUCCUCGAGGACGUCUCAGCAAAGGGCGGCGACUUGCUCACCCGCACCGUAGACAAUUUUGUUCCGCCCAGCAACCGUGAGACCGAGCGAUUGCGCACCGGCGAUGAGGGCGGCGAAGACGACGAGGAAGAAGACGAGGCCGAUGCCGAGCCUAAGAAGACACCCAAGGAUGAAAAAAUGGACGUCGAUGAGCCUGGAAGCCUAGGCCGUAGCACAAGAUCGCUGCGUCAAGCGCCGCCGCAGCGUGUUCUGUUCCAGCCCGAUGCCCCCAUACGGCAGACGCGCCAGUCGACCGGCCACGUCCAAUCUUCGCAGGCCAAUGGCUAUAACAACAACGGUGCAGCCAUGUUAAUUGCCAACUACGAGCCGCGCACCGCCGUUCCUGCGACGAUGAAGCCUGUCGUCACACCCUCCAACAGCCUUGAUUCGUACGUCCAGUCGCGCAAAAAGUACAUAGUAAAUAGGAAGAACCGGCCGGUGCCACUCAAGGGCAUGAUGCUGCCUGGGACUGGCUUCCCUGGGCCCAAUAUCUACAUUCGUGCUCUGCAUGCUCUGCGCUCGCGCGAGCCGGAAGAAGAGGCCUACGCGCUGCACCAUCUGGUCAAGAUUUCGCAUGAACGCGGGGACAAGUAUCGCUUCGACCAAUUUCCCGGUCUUGCCGAGGCUCUCAUUGCUAAAGUCAUCGACGUCGGUUCCAUUUUCUACGACGUGAACUGGGACAUUUCCUAUAUCGAAGAAGAGUUCAGUCAACCACAGACACUGAAUGGACUCUCGGGCACCAGCAACCUGCUGGAUAAAAUCAAAGCUCUCCGAACCCGCGCUCAUCACGACAACUUGCUGACGGAGGAGACUGCAAAAGCACUCAACAUGAUCAACGAGGCUGCGCUUAUUAUCCGGAACAUGGUUAUGCUCAAGGAGAACGCUCUUUUUGUAGCCAUGAUACCAGCCAUCCAGGAUCUUAUUGUGAUUGUUCUGAACCUACCGAAAACAUCGGCAGUCGUCGAGCUGCAGCAUUACGCUCUCGAAAUCGCUGAACAGCUGACCAAGUACUGGGUCCUGGGCGCGCAACACCCCCUAUAUCGCUCCCUGCUCGCCCAAGUCGAGUCCGAUGAUCGUGGCCGAAUCAUUACGUCACUUAGAGCCCUUGCACGGAUAGCCAUGGACCUUGAGGUGACGAACAAGCUGUCUAAUGUACCAACAAAAACACUCAGGUCAAUAUGUGACUGGCUCCUUGUUGAGGAUGAAGAUCUCCGCAUAGCUUGCUUGGACUUCCUGUACCUCUUCACCGGCUUCCCAGAUAAUGUUGAGACACUUGCACACGAAGUAGAUAUCGAAGUCGUUGUCAACCAGCUGGUACGCUUGCUGCAGUACAAUGCCAUAGCCUACGAAGAGCGCAGGAGUACGCCAAAGACGUCAAAACAAUCAAACCCGCCAGAGACACCACCGAAACUAUCAGCUGCAAUUAUCGACCACCUCGUCACGCUGGAUGAACCAGAGCGGAGCUCACAGUGGCUCAAGACAUGCUUCGAAGAGGAUGCAGUUGGGGAAAUCACACAAAUUCAGUUGUGGUCAGCCUACAACGCUGCCUUUCAAGAGUCCAUGGCUUCAAAUCCUGCUUCUUUCAAAGCACUUAUGCCGGCAAAGGAUUUCAUUACGAAUGUUUCCACCACGUUCAGCAGUGCAUCCGCUCAAGUGUUGACUGUGGCCGGACAACAAAAAUAUACCAUUCGUGGGAUAAGACCUCGGUCGAUACCUGUAGACCCGAACACGAAAAAGCCAUAUAUGCGCUGUUGCUGGCACCCCCCCAGCCUGCUUAAUGGCCAUGCAGACUCCAAACACUCGACUGUGAAAAUUGAGUGUGGAGAGUAUACUCCAGGCGCGCGAGCAAUGUGGGAACACAUUGUCAGCACCCAUUUAAAAGUCUCACGUGACCAGGAAACAGGCCAAUGGCUUCUCGAACCCAAACCUGAUCUCGAUAUGGAGAACGGUGAGGCGGUAUCGCUGAGCAAACCGACGAUAUAUUACUGCCAUUGGGGCGGCUGCACACAUUUUCCCAAUGGCACGCAAUCUGCUUUUGAAGCUGGACAGCACAUCAAAACCCAUCUCCCAGACACUGGUAUCAAGCACGCCAUUCACGCCAAGUACAACCGCACGCCUUCGGAAUCCCGACCCCUGACCUCAUCCGCACAAGUACGACACGACGCCUUCCAACCGCAAUUCGGACAGCCCGUUGGCCUGAGCAGUCUGGGUAUGGGCGGUCGGCUCAACAUGAUACAUGACAACAGUAGCUCGCACUCACCCAGUUCGACAGCUAGAAAAGGCGAGGACACGAUGCCGUCUCACACCCACUCGACACCCAAUUUCCGCUACUACAACACCCAAACCGACGAAACAAACGACGCGGCCGGUCUCCCGCUCUCUUCCAUUCUCGUCCUCCGCAACCUCGCCCGCCAACUCAAUCGCAUCCCGCCCCCAUCACGCGUCACAGACCUUGCUUCUCCCUCGCCACCAUCCCGAACAUCAACGCACAAGCGCACAGGAAGCGAAGGCGGUGAGGCUGCGCGCCGCACCGCCAGCGGCAAGAAACCCCGCCUCAGCGAUGCAGCGAGGGAGCAAGCGCGUGAGGACGAGCAGCGCGAGGACGAGGAUAAAAAGAACGUGGGCUGGGUGGCUAGGGCGUUUGCGCCUGUCAGGGAACAGUUGGGCUUCGUGGCUAGUCACAAUUUGACUUUGAAGAACUACAUGAGCGGCCUGUUGAAGGCGGUUGCUGACGGUGGGGCAUGA